AUGCCUGUAUAUGUGAAAUUCUGUUGUCUGUCUGCACGCAUAAAUAUUAACAGGACAAGCGAGAAAAUGCAAGCAGGGACGUGUAAAGCUACUUCAAUCUCCCCUACUGGAGAUGAGAACAAGUCCAAGCUUGGACGCAUAUCGGAUGGCGAGAAGAGAUCCACAUCAGACAGCCUCGUUACCUCGAGUCCUAGACCAUGGCGUUUCCGGGCCAUCUGCGUCGCUUGGCAGAUGAUAUCGAACCAUCCACGAAAGCGGUGCGGUAGAAGUCCAGACGACGGAGCAGACGGCAACGUAGAAAACCGGAAAGGAUGUUCUAUUGGAUUCCUUUGCGGCGGACUGGACGGUGUCUCAGACAUGGACUCGACGGGAUGGCUGGAGGCGGAAAGGAUGACGCUGUGCGUGGAUGGGUUAUGGAGCUGUGUGUAUGACAAGGCUGACUUCUGGGUUGUGGAUUGA